CGAAGCUCGCGGCCGUUACCCUUUGCUGCUGGCUGCGCCCCUGGAGACUUAGCCCGAGAGGCCGCGCAGGCGCAGAUCGGCCCGUGGAGGCGGCGGCGGCCGCGGGAGCGAGUCCCCCGCCCGGCGCUGCCGAGGGUGCCCAGGCCGCGUACCCGGCGAUUUCAUGCCCCUGGGAGGGUCUACAUCGGUCUGCAGCUGAAGGAGAAGCGGGCGACAGGAAGUAAAACAGCAACCAUGAUAGAAGACAAAGGGCCUAGAGUGACAGACUACUUUGUCGUGGCAGGCCUCACUGAUACAUCUGUUCUUUUGGAUCAAGAAAUAAAUCGUUUAGAUACUAAGUCAACUGGACCUAAAGCCCCAAUUACAGACAUUGCAGUUAUUAUCAAAUCAGCUGGGGAAACAGUACCUGAAGGUUACACCUGUGUGGAAGCCACUCCAUCAGCUCUCCAAGCAAACUUGAACUAUGGAAGUCUGAAAAGCCCAGAACUUUUCCUUUGUUAUAAGAGAGGGAGAGAUAAACCACCCCUUACUGACAUUGGAGUUUUAUAUGAAGGAAAAGAGAGGCUUAUUCCAGGAUGUGAAGUGAUCCAAGCCACACCCUAUGGUCGCUGUGCCAAUGUCAACAAUAGUUCAACGGGUUCACAAAGAAUCUUCAUCACUUACCGAAGGGCUCCUCUAAUUCGACCUCAGAAUUCCUUGGCUGUAACUGAUAUCUGUGUUAUUGUAACCAGUAAAGGAGAAACCCCUCCUCAUACUUUCUGCAAAGUUGACAAAAACUUAAAUUGUGGAAUGUGGGGUUCCAGUGUGUUUCUGUGUUACAAGAAAUCUGUGCCUGCUUCUAAUGCAAUAGCAUAUAAAGCUGGUUUAAUUUUUAGAUAUCCAGAAGAUGAUUAUGAAUCAUUUCCACUCUCAGAAUCUGUACCUCUUUUCUGCCUUCCUAUGGGAGCGACUAUUGAAUGUUGGGAUUCCCAAACCAAAUAUCCGCUUCCAGUUUUUUCAACUUUUGUCUUGACAGGUUCUUCUGCUGAAAAGGUAUAUGGAGCUGCCAUUCAAUUUUAUGAACCUUAUUCACGGGAACUUCUAACAGAGAAACAGCUUAUGCAGUUGGGCCUGUUGACACCUGUGGAGAGAAAAGUGAUCUCCAAAUCCAUCAAUUCAAACAAAUGCAUUUGUUUACUAUCACACUGGCCUUUUUUUGAAGCUUUUAGAAAGUUUCUCAUGUUUAUCUACAAACUCUCUGUGUCUGGACCGCAUCCUCUUCCUAUUGAAAAAUACAUUUCACAUUUUAUGCAAAACAUCCCUUUUCCUUCUCCUCAAAGACCAAGAAUCCUUGUUCAGCUAUCAGUCCAUGAUGCCUUAAUAUUAUCACAGCCAGUUUCUACACCUUUACCAUUAAGUGGAGCCAAUUUUAGCACCCUAUUGAUGAAUCUGGGUCCUGAGAACUGUGCAACACUGCUGCUCUUUGUUUUACUUGAGAGUAAGAUUCUACUGCAUUCUCUUAGGCCAGCUGUGUUGACUGGAGUAGCCGAAGCUGUUGUAGCUAUGAUCUUUCCAUUUCAGUGGCAGUGCCCGUAUAUUCCCCUUUGUCCUCUCUCACUGGCUGCAGUGCUUAGUGCGCCUUUACCGUUUAUAGUUGGAGUUGACUCAAGGUAUUUUGAUCUUCAUGAUCCACCACAAGAUGUUGUUUGCAUUGACUUGGAUACAAACAUGUUAUAUAUGGCAGAUGAAAAGAAGAGCAUGAACUGGAAGCAGCUUCCAAAAAAACCAUGCAAAAAUCUACUUAGCACCUUGAAGAAAUUGUAUCCCCAGUUAUCUUCAGUUCAUCGAAAAACUCAAGAGGGUUCAGCAAUUGAGAUGACUCCAAUUGAAGCCGAUUUCUCUUGGCAAAAGAAGAUGACACAACUUGAGAUGGAAAUUCAGGAGGCGUUUUUGCGCUUUAUGGCAUCUAUUUUAAAGGGAUAUAGAGCAUAUCUCAAACCAAUCACAGAAGCUCCUUCAAAUAAAGCCACAGCUGCAGAUUCAUUGUUUGACCGACAGGGAUUUUUAAAAAGUCGAGAUCGCGCCUAUACAAAAUUCUACACCCUUUUAUCCAAAACACAGAUUUUUAUUCGUUUCAUUGAAGAAUGUAGUUUUGUAAGUGAUAAAGAUACCGGAUUGGCAUUUUUUGAUGACUGCAUAGAAAAGUUGUUUCCUGAUAAAGGCACAGAGAAAACAGAUAAGGUUGAUUUUGAUUCAGCAGAAGAUACCAAAUUGAUAGAGCUUGAUGAUUCACAGAAAAGUGAGCAUACUGUUUUCAUAAUGCCCCCAGAGCCACCUCCUGAUGAUGGAAAGGAGCUGCCAUCAAAGUACAGUUACAAAUACUUUCCAAGAUUGGACCUUAAGCUUUUUGACAGACCACAGGAGUUGAAACUUUGUUUUAGUAGACACCCUACUGGGAAUAGCAUUACAAACAGUCCAGCUCUCAUGGCUAAGAGAACUAAACAGGAGAUAAAAACAGCUCAUAAGUUGGCAAAGAGAUGUUACACAAAUCCACCACAAUGGGCCAAAUGUCUCUUCAGUCAUUGUUACAGUUUAUGGUUCAUUUGUCUCCCAGCCUAUGUUAGAGUUUCUCAUCCGAAGGUCAGAGCACUCCAGCAGGCAUAUGAUGUACUUAUUAAAAUGAGGAAAAUGGAUGUGGAUCCACUAGAUGAGGUUUGUUAUCGAGUAGUAAUGCAACUUUGUGGACUCUGGGGUCAUCCUGUUUUAGCAGUGAGAGUCUUAUUUGAAAUGAAAACUGCUAAGAUAAAGCCAAAUGCUAUUACUUACGGUUAUUAUAAUAAGGUAGUUCUGGAGAGCCCAUGGCCUAGUAGUACCCGCAGUGGUAUCUUCUUAUGGACGAAGGUACGGAAUGUGAUCCGAGGCUUGGCACAGUUUAGGCAGCCACUUAAAAAGACUGUGCAAAAGUCACAGGUUUCCUCAAUAUCAGGUGGUCAGUCUGAUCAAGGCUAUGGAUCUAAGGAUGAACUUAUAAAAGAUGACACAGAAAUACAUAUGCCUGAAGAACAAAUAGCAAGAGAACUGAUAAAUAAAACAAAUGUGCAGACAGAAGAAUUGUGUGAUCUUUCUGCUGUUGUGGUAAAACAUUCACAACCUAAUGCAGAGGCCCAGAGUCCUACUGAGCCCCCUGCUUGGGGCAGCAGUAUUGUGAAAUCUCCAUCUGGUAUAUUUGAUGUCAGUGGCAGGAAAAGCAGCACCGGUAGUAUAUCGAAUGUGCUAUUGUCUGCUCAAGAUCCAGGUGAAGAUGCAGUCUAUGGUGAAGUUACUAAUCUCAAGAAAAAUGGCGAUAGAGGAGAAAAAAGACAAAAACAUUUUCCAGAGAGGAGCUGUAGUUUUAGUUCUGAAAGUCGAGCAGGAAUGUUGCUUAAGAAGAGCAGUUUGGAUUUGAAUUCAAGUGAAGUGGCUAUCAUGAUGGGAGCAGAUGCCAAGAUUCUUACAGCAGCAUUGUCAUGUCCUAAUAAGACUUCUCCGCUUCAUCUUUCAAGAACCCAUAGCUUUGAGAGUGCUAACUAUCAUCCAGGUGAUACUAGGACUCAUAUGUCUGAAAGCAUGUGGGAUUCUGAGCACAGAUCUUCAGUAUUAGAGAUGCUUGAGGAAAGCCAAGAGCUCCUAGAGCCUGUGGCUGAUGACAACACAGCUAAAACUAGUAUGACAAAGGAUACGCAUGACAGUCUGCAAAAUCCUAUUAGCAAUGAUCAGUCCAUAGACUUAAACACAGGAUCCAAAGAUCUGAUGAAUAAGAGAAGUAGUUUAUAUGGUAUUGCUAAAGUUGUUGAGAGGGAGGAUGUUGAAACUGGACUAGAUCCUUUGUCUCUUUUAGCUACUGAAUGCACAGGAGAAAAAACACCUGAUUCUGAAGAUAAAUUUUCUCCACUUAUUGCCCGGAAUCUUGCUGAUGAAAUUGAAAGUUAUAUGAAUCUGAAAAGUCCUCUGGGCAGCAAGUCUUCUAGUAUGGAAUUGAACAGAGAGGGAAGCAAAGAGUCUGGCACUACCACUACAUUUAUUCACCCUUUAGAUAGGAGAUCAAGCCUACCUUUAGAUCAUAGCCCGCCAGCACAGGAAAAUCCUGAAAGUGAAAAGAACUCCCUUGCAGCUUCCACGUCUAAAACUUUUACUGGGCGUUUCAAGCAGCAAACUCCCAUUCGAACUCAUAAAGAUCGUUCAAGUUCUUUAUCGGCACUGGUGCGCUCUUCACCACAUGGCUCAUUGGGUUCUGUGGUAAAUUCUUUGUCAGGUCUGAAGCUGGAUAAUAUACUCUCAGGGCCUAAGAUAGAUGUGCUGAAAUCUAGUAUGAAACAAGCAGCAACAGUUGCCAGUAAGAUGUGGGUAGCUGUAGCAUCUGCCUACAACUACUCUGAUGACGAGGAGGAAACUGGUAGAGAUUACAGCUUCCCAGCUGGCCUUGAAGACCAUAUUUUGGGGGAGAAUAUAUCACCCAACACAAAUAUCACAGGGUUGGUCCCCAGUGAACUUACCCAGAGCAACACAAGCCUUGGUAGUAGCAGCAGCAGUGGAGAUGUAGGAAAGCUGCAUUACCCACCAGGUGAAGUUCUGUUUUCAAGAGGCAUAAAAGGGCAGGAGUUUGAAAAAUCAGACCAUGGUUCUUCUCAAAAUACUAGCAUGUCUAGCAUCUAUCAAAAUUGUGCAAUGGAGGUUUUGAUGUCAAGUUGUUCACAGUGCAGAGCUUGUGAAGCUUUAGUUUAUGAUGAAGAAAUUAUGGCUGGAUGGAUGGCAGAUGACUCAAAUUUAAAUACAACCUGUCCAUUUUGUAAAAGUAACUUUUUGCCUCUUCUCCAUAUAGAAUUUAAAGACUUGAGAGGCUCUGCAAGCUUUUUCCUGAAACCAAGUACCUCUGGUGAUAGUUUACAAAGUGGCAGCAUUCCAUUGGCAAGUGAACCUUUGGAACACAAACCUGUAUCCAGUUCAGCAGAACCUGACUUGAUCAACUUCAUGGAUUUCCCAAAAGUUAACCAGACCAUAACUGAAGAAACAAGCUCUGCAGUUGAAUCAAGUGGUGAAAUACAGAAAGCCAGUGGAGAUGUCCAAACUAUGAAAGUUUCACCUGUGCCUAGUAGCUUGACAAAGCGAAAUGUAUCUUUGACUCGAAGCCACAGUGUUGGAGGCCCCUUGCAAAAUAUUGAUUUUUCUCAGCGACCAUUUCAUGGCAUUUCAACAGUUAGUCUUCCAAAUAGUCUACAGGAAGUGUUGGAUCCUUUAGGAAAAAGGCCCAAUCCUCCCCCUGUUUCUGUGCCGUACUUGAGUCCUCUAGUGCUUCGUAAAGAACUUGAGUCUUUGUUAGAAAAUGAAGGUGAUCAGGUGAUUCACACAUCCUCUUUCAUCAAUCAACAUCCUAUCAUUUUCUGGAACCUCGUUUGGUAUUUCAGACGUUUGGACCUUCCUAGUAACUUGCCAGGGCUUAUCCUAACAUCAGAACAUUGUAAUGGAGGUAUACAGCUUCCUCUGUCAUCUCUCUCCCAGGAUAGCAAACUUGUGUAUAUUCAGUUGUUAUGGGAUAAUAUCAACCUUCAUCAGGAACCAGGAGAACCUCUAUAUGUCUCAUGGAGGAAUUUUAAUUCUGAAAAGAAAUUGUCUUUCCUGUCAGAGGAACAACAAGCAACAAGCACUUUAGUAGAAACCAUCAGGCAGAAUAUUCAACAUAAUGAUGUUGUUAAACCCAUCCUACUGCUUUCACAGCAAGUAAAGCCAGACAUGAAAAGACAAAGGAGUUUAUACAGAGAAAUACUCUUCUUAUCAUUAGUGUCUCUAGGAAGAGAGAAUAUUGAUAUUGAGGCUUUUGACAAUGAAUAUGGAGUUGCAUACAAUAGUCUAUCUUCAGAGAUUCUUGAGAAGUUGCAGAAAAUCGAUGCUCCACCAAGCAUUAGUGUGGAAUGGUGCAGGAAAUGUUUUGGAGCACCUCUCAUUUAAGUAACAUUCACUAAAGUUUUGGUCACAAAGCUAGGAGAGAACAGAUUCAAUCUGGAAGCAUUUAAAGGGUUUUACUAAUUCCCUAAUAGAUGAAAUGCUGAAGUGAAUGUUGGGAGUAUAUAAUGAAAUGUAAUUCCACUGAAUCAUCUCACAAUGUAAAAAUGCUACGCCGAUAACCCGUUUAUUGAUGUGGGAAGAUUUUCACCUUUACCUGCCUCUGCUCAAAACUGUUUGAUUUCCCAAUGUUUGAAGUAGCUUGGUAAUGAGAAUCACAUUCACCCUUGGUAUUAUUUGUAUUAGAAGCUAUUAGGUUUGGGGAAUGACAAACUUGUCUAAUCCCCAAACAAAUGAAAUCUCUCAAUUAUAAGAGCAACUCUGUUUAUGUGUAUAUAUUUGUGGCUGUUAGGUGUGUGUAUAUACAGCCAUAUUACAAGUAUGUAUUUAUUUAGAUUGCACGUUGCAAUACAAUUUUCUGAAAGGGGUCUCUAUUAAAUGGCUUAGUACUUAGUCAACCUCAAAGUUACCUUAAAGUCUGUUGAGUUACCUUGUCUCUGACUUUAAACUUUUUAUCUUCCCUCCAUAUUGUCUAGUCUUGCAUUAUGGAUUUUAUCUUGAAUACCCACUUACCCCUUCCAGUACAUUAAUUUACAGCAGCUUUAAAAUUGGAAAAUGAGCCAAUCAGACACUUUAAGUGAAUUAAAUCUGCUUUCUAGUUUACAUAACUGGAGCAUGCUUAAAAUGCUCAUGUAGUCUUUGGUUCUUAAAUUGUUCUGGCACGUUACCAGUCACUUUUAAAAACCUGUGGGAUGAACUUGCACUGCACAUGGUUUUGUUCUUGUAUAAUAUUUAGAUUUGUAUGCUUUUGAGUAAAAUGUGCAUUUGUAAAUAACUUUUUUAGUUUGAAUCAAUUAAGUCUUAAAACUUUAGUCUAACUUGUUGCCAGUAGGUUUAAGAAAAUCAUGACCUCACCCACCUCACAUUUAUCAUGCCUUUAAAAUAUCCUUUACGAACAGUAAGUUGCCUUAACUCUGUGUGGUUUAAAAAGCCAAUGGUUGUGUGAGUUUGUUAUUACCCAGACUAAAUCAUCUGAUGGAAAAAUUUAUUUCUAGAUAUACAACACAAAUGUCCUUCCACCCAGUGUAAUCUAAACCUUGAUGUGCCAGUGUCAUCAUUUCAGGGUUAACUAAGAUCUGUGGAGAAUUGUAGUUUCAACUGGUGAAAGAACAUACCAGAAAUUAUGUAAUCCCCCAUCUUCAAAAUGGACAUUUUGUACUGUCUCAGAGUUAACUAUUUUCUCAAUUAUAAGACUUGGUACUAGUAUUUUAUACUGAACAUUUAAAUGACCCAACAUAAAGUUUGGAAUUCUUGCAAAAAAAAAAAAAUGAAUUUGAAUAAAAUGAAAUUUUUAAGUUUGCUGUGCUUGUUUGUUACAUUUUUAAGACUCAUAAAAUACUUGAUUCACUUGGAACUUUUGUAAUACGCAUUUGCUUUCCCACUUUAGUCCUGAGUUACCUCUUCUAGUAUUCUGUAGCUUACACAUUUGACUAUACUGUCAUAUUACACAUUUAGAAACUUUCUAGUAACUUUGUAAAAUUACUGUUAGGCCUUUUAUACUGAAAUCUUUCCCUGCUGGCUUAGAAAAAGGCUUUGUCAAAACUACCUUUAAAGUCCUUCUCUAACACCACAGAGUAUCCACUAAAAAACAGCCCUAGAUAUAUUGUCUAGAGAACAGAUUUAAAUGAUUUGUAGCACUGUGUGAAAUGCAAACAUUUCAAAUUAGACCACAUUGCUUAUAUUGGUUUUGGAUAUUAUAUUGACUUAAAUUGCAUCCUGUAGUUUGAUUACAACAGUCUGCCUUUGCCAAUCAUCGCCCCUUUACUUCAUCUUUGGUAUAUACAGUGUUGAGCUGUGUAAAACAUUUCCCCUAUAGCAAUUUCUCAAUGUAAAUCUGCCAGAAUUUCUAACUAGAGCAGCCUAGAGACCCAACCUAUUUAGUGACUUGUACUCCUUGCAAUAAGGAAGCAGGUUUGGGUGGUUCUCAUGCUUUGUACAGAUUCAGUCAGGUUUACUAUAGAGCAAAGAAAGGACUGGCAACAGCUGAAAACAGUAAUACAAAACCAGGGGCUCCACCCCAAACUAAUUUAUUACAAAUGGUAUUUUAGAUCCCAGUUGAUCUAGAUGCUCAUUUAAAUUGUGAAACACUGCCUCAGUCUAUCUGAAAAAAUUUUAUGACCUGUGGUUGAAACACACUCCAGCAAAUAAGCAGUUCCUUUACAUACCAACCAUUAAAACCUAACCUGCCUUUUUAAAGAAGCUGCUAGUAAGGUUAAUAACUGUAAAUAAAGUCACUUUAGAAACUAUACAUGGUACAUUAGAAAGGUUAUAUUUUUAAAGAGGUAAAAAGUUAACUCCUUUUCAGAGUGUAACACAACAAAAAGCAUGAAUAACAAUUCACUUGACUUGAACUGCUUUUUUAAUGCAGUAAAUUUGCACUGGCUCUAAAAAGUUGUGAACUGUUUCCAUUAAAAUAUGCUUUUUAAAAGUUAUCCUUUUUACAUGUGGCAAAUGUCCUUUUUUUUUAAACAAAAGAAUGUAUGUAUUGUGUAUUCUUCAAAAUAAAGUAUAAAAAUGAUUACUGUUGUCAUUUAUUACUUUCUCUAAAUUAUUCCAGUCUUGCUUUUAGAGACAAUACCUUUUGCUAAGAAUCCUGAGUCCUUCACUAGUGCCAGAAAAACACCUCUGUGGAGUCUUUCCCUCUAUUACAAUAUUGGACUCAGUCUCUAAAUUUUAAUGCCAGUUUCACUACC